ACCGGCAAAAGAGCUGAUCAGAGUCAGACCCAGGUUUUCUCGGCAGAUGUGAUAACGUCCUCUGCAUAUCAAAAAAUUACCAAUCUCCAAGUUUUAAUUAUUUAACUUUAUCCUGUGUUUGGAGGGCAUUAGAACCAGUUCAGGUCAAAGGUCGGCCUUCAUGAUGGAGUUCGAGCCUGUGACUAUGAUUGCGUACAGCGUCAUGCUGUUGCUGACAAUCGGUCUGGCUUGGGUCGUCACGGUCCUUUUCGCCAAGAACGAGGGGGACGAGGAUGCCAAGAAGAAGUCAACCGAGGGGGAUGGCAAAGGUCAACAACCUGGUGGUGGCAAGAAGAAUAAGGGAAACAAACAGAACGUGGAAAAACCGGUAGGUACCAAGGGAAAAAACAAGCCGAGAUCAAGAACUACUUCUGAAGCUGACAGCGAGAACCAUCCCUGGACAGUGGCAACUUUCAAGGGACAUGCCGGACUGAUCACGGACAUGAGUUGGAGCAGCAAUGACAAGUUUAUUGCCUCUUGUGCUCAAGACCGGACCGUGUUAAUAUGGUUUGCAAAGGAUCUGCUGACUAAAGACCGGCGAAGCAUUCGCGUAAAUGUGCCUUUUGAUAAUGCUCGAAACAUCGCCUGGAGUCCGGACUGUACUGCGUUCAUCGUUGCUCUAGAAGACCAGAAGGUCUUGGAAGUUUACAAACUGGGCAAGAAGGCGGAGGGCUCUCAUGUGACUGUGAACUCCCUCACCAAGUUCAAGAAGGUUCAUGACGAGGAUAUCAUCGGAAUUGGGAUUGCCUGUACUGGCCUGUUCAUUAUGUCUUGCUCAAACGAUGGCAACAUGAUUUUGUGGGACGUGAAGGGAAGUGUGCUUGAGCGAAUGAGUAUCCCUGUUGGAGUGACUGCCACUUGCGCCAAAGUUUCUCAUUGUGGAAGAUACGUAGCAGUGUGCGGAAAUGAUUGUAUUCUUGUAGAAGUUAUCUUCAACGAAAUGAAGCAGUUCAAGUCUAUCCGAACCUUUGGAAAAUUGCAAGGCCACGAGUCUCGAGUUGAGCAUGUUGAUUUUAACGCAGAUUCUUCGCGAAUUGUGACCGUUACGGAAAAUGGGGUUUGGCGAUUGUAUGAUACCACAGGAAAUCGAAUCAAUGUUGUCUGUAUGGGGCAAGCCAAAAGUGUCCCGAUCGCUGGAAACGAUUUUUUCCCAACCGUGUCUCUUUCUCCGGAUGGAAGAAUUGUUGCUGUGGGGCAUACCAAUGAGAUUGACAUUUUCGAAGUCACCCUGGGAUCUCCCACGACCAAUAUUAAGCCUAAAUUUACUCUUGCAAAUAUUGGUGUCCGAAAAAUCGUGUUCUCUUCUGACGGGAAGUACAUUCUCGGCGCAGGGGAAAAAUCAAUUCAGGUUUUCCAUAACAUUUGCGGUCAUCUUGCCACCUUCAACGAUCUUGCCAGACAAAUGAACGAAUCAUCUGCGCAUUCUUCUCUCAAGUCUCGCCUAUCGACUGAAAUGGCCAAUAUUUUACAAGACUUGACAAAGCUGAACGUGGGAGAGUCAAUUGAAACAACUCUUCAAGAAAUGAGAGAAAUCAUUAAUCAUUGCUAAACAACAACAACAACGUAACAAAACCAUUUUUGUCUUAUUUUAUUCAUUUGUGAAUGACACUCCACAUUCACCAAUUACUACUAUUACAACUACUGAACUUAAAAAGAAAAACUAUCAAAUAAUAUUUAUUUAUUAAAAUGCAAAUGUCUAAAUGCCCAGUUUUUCAAUUGUUAUAAAAAUAUUUAUAAAAAAUACUA